UAUAUAUGGCCUUGGUUGGAUAAGGCGCCCUGUUUUCACCGUCGUCCGAUAAUACAGGACCAGGAACAAGAGCAAGCAAUUGAGGAUUGAGGACUCAUAAAAAUGAACGUUGUGACAAAUUAUGUACAAAACACUUAAUGUAAAAUUGCCUUGUAGUUUACCAUUGACGUAAGCAUGCAAGCCACAUCACAAGCUAAAGACUGAGUUUCAGCGAUGGACAAGGCGUCGCUGGAGCAGGUGAGCCUGCGGCUGAGUAUCCGCCGGCUCAGCACGGUCGUCCUCACAAUCCCCAUGGGGGCCAUGAUCGCCUGUUUCGUCUCGGCGCACAUACACCAUGAGGACAUCAACCAUACCUGGUGCCCGGUGUACAACUUCAUUCCGUCGGUGAGCGCCAUCACGGGCGUCUCUCCGGAGCGCUACCUGUGGCGGCUGUGCAUGUCUGCCCACCUGGUGCCGCGCUGUCUGAUAGCGGCCGUCUGCUACAACCACUUCACGCGCCUGCUGGGCGCGGUGCCGGCCGAGCGCCGGCGGCGCUACGACCAGCUGGUGCGCGCCGGCUUCUGGGCUAAUGUCACCGAGCUGGCCAGUCUGGCCUGCUGCACCUAUGUCUCCAACAAGGAGAACUACCCCGUACACGAGAAGGCGUUCUCGUUAUUUUUGUUCUCGUGUUUCGUCUACAUGGUGGUAUCGCUGGCCGCCGAGCGCGAGGCGUUCCCGGCGAUGACGCCCAGUCAGCGGUCUUCACAUCGGUGGAAGGCCUUCGUCGCUGUUCUUUACGUGUCGCUCAUCAUUGGUCUGCUCUACUACUUCUGGAAACAUCGAUUCUACUGUGAAGAGCUAGCGUUCACCUGGUUCUCGUUCUGCGAGUACGGCAUCUGCGCGUGCAUCAUGGUAUACCACCUGCUGGUGAUAUACGACAUCCCAGAGUUCUGGCUGACUGUGGGCGUGCCGCUACCGGCCGCCGCUAACGGCAUCAGCGCCCCGCUCAAAGUCGACUAGUCGCCUGUUCAUUCAGCUCGCUCACCCGCUGCCCGCUAGAUCAGCCAGGUCUGGAGAGACUCGAGCAGCUUAGGCCAUCAUCGCCCAUCGGCCGCCGGGUGGACUGGGAAGUGCCGGGAUGUAAGGGUUUUGGGGUCUAGCGCGCAGCGCCACGCGGCUGGGUGCUGGGUCUCGAGGACGUAGGUGCCUGGCAGCUCGGUGAGCCAUGCUAGAGUGAAGCGUAGUCAAACGAGGGUUUCGUCACCAACUUUGCUAAUGAUAUCGCUAGCCCAAUUGUGUUCAUGAGUGAGUGGGUGCUGAAGGGCUUGACACUGUGAUCGCGGUUUUAGAACAGAUCAAUGGAUGUUAAGUGAUUGGUUCUACUUACGCUAGUCGCUCGGUUGUGCAAGAUCAGUCAUGUUUGCCAUACUGCUUUAAUGUCGCUAGUACGCCACUGAAUAUGCAAUAUGCAAUAUGUUCUUUAUGCGCGCUGAGACAGAGGAUUGCUCUGGUGAGCGUUCAAUUUAUGCGCCUUUCAUUGAAUCUCGCGCAGUAUUAUAUUUGGUAGCUAUUUUUAGACUAAAACCUUGUUGCGACGUUUUGUUGCGACAAUCCUGACAGCCAAAGCAUACGUGUGAUGAUUGAUCCGAUCUCUGUUGGAGAUCAUCCAUCUUAGCCACUUUCAUGAGCUCAUGUUCUCUCGAUCUUCAUCGUUCACGUUGCAUGUGAACUUAUCCGGAAGGUUUCCAGUCGUCUUUUUUCACUCUUGCCAUCCUUUUCUCGCUCUGUUGCGAAGGUUUCGAGUACCUGUUCGCGGGUCUGGUCGCGUACAAUUCAUUCCGCCUUCAAAUUGGGCUGGCCAAUCUGGCCUCCGCUCUUGGCCGUUUUUAGCCGCAGCACUCGCGCCACGAAUGGAGCUACCUCUCCACUAGUUCCCUUCCAUCAAGCCUGUCACCGUGAUAUGGCUGACGUGUCCAGGCGACAUGCACUGGAGACGCGAGCAGCCCUGACCGGUCGGCGCAGUGAACGGUUUGGUAAACACCAUCAUCGGGUCCGGUCAACUCUGGUCUAUCGGAGCGCCGUAGGGCAGUGACACUCAUCUGCCGAGACAAAGCCUGCCCCGCCCUCCGGACCGGAAAUCAGCGAUGUGAGAUUUCCAAUUGAGAAUUCUCGCAGAUAGUGUGUUGGCAAUCUUACUGAUGUUUGAAUGUGAUUGGUGAAAGUAUGCAAGUAUUGUAUUUCAUCUUUCGCACUUAGCUGAGUAGUUCUAGACCAGCAGCUUCAUUUCAUCAAGCAUCUUAGCUGCUGCUAGGAAAACAUUGGCACACAGGCAUCUAUUUUUAUGGCCUAGGUGCCUGCGGUUUUUCUAUUUUCAAUGCAAAGUACAACAUUUGCACUGCAUUGUUUAUGAUUGUUGACUAUUUUCUGGGGCAUGUCAAUGGCUGUCACCCUUCGCAAUCAUCCUAACGCUCAGAAUCCGACAGCGUUUCGUUCGAUUCUGGGGUGAGCGGUGAUUAUCGUCUGGAAGUUUCAUGUGAAGUCCCCUUUCGUGAGUCGUGUGGCGGUCACGUGUGACGCCAGUGCUGGCAGCUCGCGUCCUCCCAUCGACCUGUGAGAGGCUGUGCCAUUGGGUCGUCGCGCCGCCACUCGUUCGUGGUCUACCCAAGGCUAUAGAACUCCGUGGCGUCUACCGUGACGUCACGCCACCCCCACUCGUUUUAGACCCACAGUGACGUCAUGCCAUUAGCUCGGGCGACCGUUUGGAUCCGAAUAGGCUUUGUUGAUUCGUAUUAUUGGUUGCCGUUCAAACUAGGAGUUCGUUUCGUGUCGGAGAUACUUUGUGUUGUCUGUAAUGACUGUAGUGCUUGUUUAAUAAUGCCCGGUGGCGCCGCGGACUGCAUCAAAGCCAGAAGUUCUGCCAAAAGUACGAAGAAAUGGGUAAUUGGCAAUAGUUGCUGUUCUUCGGAAGCCAAGCAAUCAUCCUCAAGCGAUGCAAUAUUAUUGAAUCUCACAUUUUGUCCAAUCUCAGCAGACACUAACCUGCGAUCACCGUGCAUCCUUCGGUACGAUUCCGUGCCUGCCUGCCGGUCUCUUUCAGAGCGGGCUCGGGCGCUCCAUCGUUAUUGACCGCUCGCGGAAUGGCGUGCGGUGGCCGGUUUGGUGUGGCGGCCAGGAGCGUUCCCCGACGCCGCACUGUUUCCCAGUCGCCACCCCGUCACAUACGAAUGGUGCGUGCAUUUUUUCACUUCAUUCUUACUCGAGCACAAUCAGUAGUCGGCCGUUAGGGGCCGGUAGUGUUUAGGGGUAUCGCGGGGUGACAUUUAGGCCGCGGGUAUGUCGCGGCGCCGGCACGGCGGGACCGGCCGGCCUAAGCGACACGCACCCUGCUGGUAUUUGGGAAAGGGUAGGCACGGGAAGAACACUGCACUGGUUAUAAUGGAGCUGUGCUCAGUCUGAUUGGGUAGAGGGGUAGGAGAGCAAUCAUGUGCAAGGAAGAGUGUCAUGUUUGGUUGAUUAUAUUUUGAACCUGAAGAGAUUGUUUGCUCUGUUCAUGACUCUGAAUGUGCACGGCAUGUGGAACGGAAUCUUUGCAAUGUGUUGCGUGUGCUGCGUAGCCCAUUUGCUGACAUGUUCGUUUUGUUUCCACACGAAUAGCAAUCAAGACAUAGGAGAUUUGCCAUCGAUGACUAUGCGUCGCAGUGAUUGUGUUCGUUCUCGACAAUCGAAACUGAAAUUUGUCACUGAUUCACACGGGUAGAGAACAUAUGAACGGGCAUUUCACAUAGCCGAAAGUACCUUUGACAUGUGAGCUGCGGAGAGGGCCGCAUCAUUCUGCUUGUUUCCUAAGCUGAAGGAUACUGCCUAGUCAACCCGAUGCGUUUCUUGAAAAUGGCUAUUGUUUGGGUUUAGGUGAAGUGAGUGUGCGGUUACGAUUAUUUGGACAUGGACAUUGGAUGGGUUUCUAUUAGAGCUCGGUAGAGAUGCUGUGGGUGAUGUGUCUAGUGCGAUCGAUGAUACCACAAUCGAGAGGUGAUAUAUACAUUAGUCUCACUUGUGAAUAUUACCGGCACGGCGUGACCGGUGUUUUUGUUCCCUCGUAUUUGUUACAUUUUGCUGUUUUAUAAUGGUCUCUCUGUCUCGCCGCCUGGUGCGAAUGCUGCCGCCGGUUUGCGAUGUCCGCGGCGUACCGCUCGAGUUACCGCCCGGCUCCAGCCGCGUGUUGCUGGACCCGAGUGUCCCGGGUUCGAGGCUCUGUACCUGCGCCUGUUUCUGCCCUCUACAGAGGCGGCCCUGUGCGCUCGUCACCUGUUGUAUUGUCCGGUCGGCGGGCCCGCGCUGGGCCACAUUGUACGAGCGUCUGGCCAGUCCGGAUCCGGGCGGCCAAACGUAGAUUACAUUCGGGCAUACCGCCCUAAAUACACUUCUCACAAACGAA